CGCGUGUAGCGCGAUCGCUUCUUGUCGAAAGCGUCGCCCGGCACUGGUUGUCGUUCCUUGCGCCACACGAAACGUGGCACGACGUCUGGCUGAGCGAAGGCUGGGCAAAGUACCUGUGGCUCGAACUCCUCAAGCAGCUGGACGGAAGCGAGGUCGAGACGACAGAGCUUGUCUGGUCGGGCUACAACCAGCUCUGCCAUGCAUUCGACACUGAGUCGCCUGCCAACACGCGUCUGCGCAUGGACCACCACUCGAUGGAUCGGUUCAGCGUCAUUGCCCGGGAGAAGGGCUACCUCUGCCUCUUGGCGCUGCAAGCCAUGGUCGGGAAGGACACGUUUGACUUUUUUGUCUCGGCCUACAUUUCUGGGUUCGAGGCCGGCAGUGUCACGAGCGAAGAGUUCAAGAUGUAUUGCGAAGAGUACUUUACCUUGGUCGAAGACAUUCCGCUGUCGAUCGAGUGGGAGCACUGGUACCAUGCUCUCGUCGACCUCCCAUCGCCGAGUGACAUUGCCCAGUGGCUCGGCCAGCCCGUGGACCCAGUGCUGACGAUGGAGCUAAGCCAAGUCGCGUACGACGAGCUCUCGGACGGACAAAAACGACUCGUGCUUGAAAGCCUCUUUCUCAAAGGGUCGUGCGACUUUACCGCAGUGAACGAGUGGUCCCAGGACGACUUUGCCUCGCAGCCGCAGUGGCAUGCGCUGUGGACACGCUUGCACAUUCGGCACCGCGCGUGGAAGAUCGACGACCCGACGACAUUGCCGCGGCUGGUGGCGUUUGUGGAAAGCCUUGUCAACGUCUACACCAUCUGCGACGUCCUGGCCGAGAUCCAAAACUACUAUGGCAUGAAUGUGCUCAUGGACGUCUGGGAAGGCUGCAAGGAAGCCAAGACGAGAGGCGAGCCGUACCACCCUGUCGUGCUGCAGCGCGUAUCGGCCCUCCUACCGCCCCCGUCGCCAGUGUUGGCCCCCAUGGACCCCAUUGACGACGCCAACGACGAACCUGCGCCGCUCGAGAAGCUGGACCUUGAUGCACCGGCUGUUGUCGUCGUCGCCAAGGACCGAUCGCUCACCAAACCCAAGCGGUUCAAGAAGGACACAGGCUCGGCGCAGUGGAUGGCGGUCGCGCUUGGCGUCUGCGUCGUGGGCCUCGGCGUCGGCAUCAACUGGCUUUCCAAGAAACGCUAG